AUGGUCCGCAUCAUAUCAGUUAUCACGAGCUUUCUUGCUCUCGCCAUUGCAACAGAAGCCUGUGCAGGAUGGUACCAGUGCAAGAACUCAGAUGGGUCUCACUGCUGCGUAGUUGAUUCCGCCCUUGGCCCAGGCGCAUGCCCCUCCAAAUGCAAUGGUGGCCAUGAUUGCAUUGGCCAGCUCACUGGCGACUCGCGCACCGAGUACGUCACCGUCAUGAAACAAGUCCUCGAAGUGAUAUUAACGUGUAUUGUGCAGGUGUAA